AUGGGCAACGAUGAUGAUAACCAACUACGCGAUGAUUGGGGCCUUGACGGUGCAUUAGACGGGCUUGGACUUUCCUCGUAUACGUACCUGCGCAAGGGAGGCAAAAAUCGAAUCCUCGGCAUGGCCCACGUCGACCCUUACGGCUCGUCUAUGGCCGACCACCAGACAUACCAAGUUGACGGCCAAACUUAUCGGGCAACCGAUGCUGAUUAUACGAUGUCGUUCAACACAGAGGAGGGUGUUAUAAUUGGGUUAAGUCGCGAGGGCCCUGCGACGAGCGCUCUACGUCGAAAUCCGUCGAUUCCAGCAGCUCAAAUGCCCAUACUCCAUCAAUUUUCUGACGUGGGCUGGCUCACAUGGCAAGAGAUGACAAAUAGGGACGGCCAUGAUGCCAAAAAUCUUCGAUAUCUGAUUUCUGUCUCCAUCGAAAAUCAAAAAACCCUAUCAGUGUGCCGCAGGGUAUUCAUCAACAACAGAUGGAAGGGCGGACCCUGGCCAGGGCUUACACUGAAAGCCGGUAUGGAUGACUUUAAUGCCAUCUUAGGUACCCCGAACAUGCAAGGGUACGGAUACAUGCUGAUUCAGCACAAAGCGAAACUCGGUAACAUGUACAUCAGCAAAAUCCAAGUCUUUGCGUGCACCGGAACCAGAAAGGUCUGUAUCGUCGCACACGUAUCCCAACCACGAUCCGCUCCAGCGUCGGUCCCGGACCAGGGCGUUGAGAAACAACCAUCAGGUAGAGCAAGACGCGACGAGAACCACAACUUGGUUCGUAGUCACAAGAUCUUCGCGAAAUUAUGA